UCCUUCCCUUACAGAUAAUUAUAAUGACCUUCACAGUGCUGCUCUACGCUUUCGAUUACUUAGACAACAGGGUUUCAAUGUCUCUUGUGAUGUGUUUAACAAGUUCAGGGAUAGCAAUGGGCAGUUUAAUGAAACACUUAAGAAUGAUAUACAAGGAAUAUUAAGCUUAUAUGAAGCUGCAUAUCUCAGAGUCCAUGGAGAAGAUAUACUAGAGGAAGCGCUUGCCUUUUCUACAGUUCAUCUUAAGUCCAUAGCUAAUGCCCAUACGCGAUCUCCUUUUGCUGCACAAGUAAGUCGUGCAUUAAAGCAACCAAUACGCAAGGGCUUGCAAAGGCUGGAGUCAAGGCAUUAUAUCUCCAUGUACCAAGAAGAUGCUUCCCACAAUGAAGUACUACUGACCUUUGCAAAGUUGGAUUUUAACGUCUUGCAAACUUGCAAAAGAUGCAUCGGGAGGAGUUGAGAUAUAUCUCAAAGUGGAGGAAAGAUUUAGACCUCAAAACAAAGCUCCCCUUCGUACGCGACAGAGUGGUAGAGUGCUACUUCUGGACAAUAGGAGUGUAAUUUGAGCCCCAAUAUAGUCUUGCCAGAAGGUUUUUAACCAAAGUAAUUGCAAUAUCAUCAGUUAUAGAUGAUAUUUACGAUGCAUAUGGUACACUUGAAGAACUUAUAAUCUUUACCAGUGCAAUUCAAAGGUGGGACAUUGCUUGCAUGGAUCAACUCCCAGAGUACAUGAAAUUGUGUUACAUGGCACUUUUAGAUAUUUAUGACGAAAUGGAGAGAGAGUUAUCCGAGCAAGGAAGUUCUUCCUACAUUCACUAUGCCAAAGAUGAAAUGAAGAAAUUAGUCCAAGCCUACUUAGUUGAAGCCAAUUGGAUGAAUAAAGAUUAUAUACCAACAAUGGAUGAGUACAUGAGCAUCGCUCUAGUAACUUGUGGUUACUCUCUUCUUACAACCACAUCUUUUAUUGGCAUGGGAGAUAUUUCAACAAAGGAUGUGUUUGACUGGUCUUCUAAUGGCCCUAAAAUUGUUAGAGCUGCAUCUGUUAUUUGCAGGCUCAUGGAUGACAUUGUUUCUCAUGAGUUUGAGCAAGCAAGAGGACAUGUUGCCUCUGCUGUUGAGUGCUACAUGAAGCAAAAUGGAGUAUCAGAAGAAGCAACACGAGAUGAGUUCAAUAAACAAAUAGUUAGUGCUUGGAAGGACAUCAACGAGGCAUGUCUUAAACCCACUGAAGUACCAAUGCCUAUUCUUACACGUGUAGUUAAUCUCGCACGUGUGAUAGACUACUUAUACAAGGACGGGGAUGAAUAUACUCACACAGGAGAAUUGAUGAAAAGUAGCAUUACAUCGGUGUUCAUAGAUCGUGUGCAAAUAUGAUCUUACAAGAGGAGUUUACCUAUUUUCUAUUUCUUACUAUUGUAUCUGAAGUGUAUGAUACAAUCAUACAUUGAUUUAUGCCUCAAAAGUCAAAAAAACUAUGUUUAAUUUUGAUUUACAAGUUAAAACCAUAAGCUUAAUUUUGUUUGGUUUA